AUGUCGAGCUCAGACAAGCCAAUCGUUGCAGUCGUUGGCGCUACAGGCGCACAAGGCGGAAGCGUCGUCAAUUACUUGCUGAAUGACCCUGAUCACUCCUUCCGAGUCCGAGGACUUACGCGGAACAUCGACUCCCCCAAAGCAAAAGUGCUAGCCGCGCGAGGUGUGGAGGUUGUCAAGGCCGACAUGGAUGAUGUAGCUAGCUUGCGCAAGGCGUUCGAAGGCACUUACGGUGUUUUCGGCGUUACGAACUUCUGGGAAUUGUUCGACGAAGAAAGAGAAAUCCAGCAGGGAAAGAAUCUUGUCGACGCAGCUUUAUUGGCUGGAGUGAAGCAUUUCGUGUGGUCCUCACUAGACCAUACGGGCGAUCCUGUUCUCGUCAAACAUUGUAACACAAAGGCAGUUGUCGAUGAUUACCUCAAGGAGAAGAAGAUUCCACGAACUUCAAUAUUCACUGUGUUCUACUUUGAAAACUUCUUAUAUCUUUUUCCACUGAAAAAGGUUGUCGGUAAAGUCAUUGCAGACUGGCCGCUGAUGUGGACAGACGGUCCACUGGGUGGAUAUAGCGUCACUGAAACAGGAGCCUAUGCUCUUGCGGCUUUCAAGAAUCCAAACGAAUGGAUUGGAAAAGACAUACGUGUUCUUUCACAAGUAAUCACCCCUCGGCAAUUCGUCCAAGCGGUGCGCGACGUGACUGGGAAGGACGUCGAGAUUGUUGAGAUAGAUCGCCCCAAGUUCAAUGAAACGAAGGAAAGUAAUUAUGAACUCUGGAGCAAGUUAGAAAUGUUCUAUAUUACGAACGGCAACCCAAAUCGAGACCCGGACCUCACCCUCCGACUCAACCCAUCCCGCAUGGACAUACGCGCUUUCGUCGAGGCUAAUAAGGAAGCUUUCCUAGCCAUAUUCAACUCUUAG